CCCUAAGCAUGUUCAAUUAGGAACGUGACACGAUGUGCCGUUUUUAAUAACUAUGAUUUUCUGAUUAACUUAUAGAACGCAAAUGAUGAACUUCAUAACUCGCAUGGAAUCGUGCCAUCACGCUCUGCCUCCUCUCCCUCCCCUUCUCACGCUGGAAGUGGAUUUAUGAGGAAAACCAGAGAUUGAAGUAGAACCCACAAAAAAUUCUUUGGUUUUUGCCCAUAGUUUGGUGAUUAGAGUUUCUGUAUACCGUUUGAACUGAAGUUCGAGGAAAAAUUGAUGACCGAUGUCUUCCCCCAACGGAUUCCAUGGUCAAAUUGAGAACUGGCACACAGACCUAAUGGCAUCACCGCGAGGGAUGGUGGAAGAAUUGGGAGACGGGUAUGGCGGCGAGAACGGGCAACCGAAUGGUACUAACAGAAUCCUAACAAAGAUAGAACUUGAUGUGGCCUAUUCCAUGGAGAAGGUCCAAAACUUGGAGAUUCUUCUCAUACAUGUAGCGUCUAUCGCCGGUGACUUUGAAGCGCUUGCAAUCGAGAACAAGGAUCUGGUUGCAGAUUCUGAGGAGAAAGUGUUCGAAUUCGAUCUGUUGUCCUGCAUUUUGGAUUCGGAGACCGAGGAGAUUGAAGCCUUCGUGAACUCUAUACAGGGCGAAAUUCUGAUUGUUCGGCAGAAGACUUCGGAGGAUGUAUUUAGUGAAUAUAGCUUCAAACUAGAUGAGUCUGAGGAAGCUUUAAGGCAAUCUCAGGACCAGCUUUUGGAGAUGAGGAUGCUGGCAGCCAAGUUCAGACGAACCUUAUCUUUCAUCGGCCAAGAAACUGGAAAUAAUGGAGCAAUUGAACAUGAUAAGUAUCGAUUUGCAGAUGCAGUGGAGAAGCCUCAGCUGCAUGAUCAACAGCGUCACAUUCUUAGAAUGCUGGAGAAUUCUUUGGCAAGGGAUAUUGACCUAGAGAGAAAACUCUGUGCAGCAAGGCACAGCGAAGAAGAGCUCAAGUUUAGGUUGCAUUAUACAGAGGAAGAAUUGUUCUUGACAGAAAGGACGAUUGAGAAGCUAUUGCAGAAGGCUUUUGAAGCAGAAAACUUGGCAGAGAUGUUGAACGGGAACCUUGCAGAAGUCGUGGGCAAGCAUCAGAUACUUCAGUUACAAUUACACAGUGCUUUGAGAAGAGAAGCCGACCUGAAAUCUUCACUAGUGGAAGCUCCUAAAAAGCUUUCUGAUAAGGAAAACACUUUGAAAGAAAAGGCAGUAAGACAUGUAGAGCUCGACGAGCUUGCAUCAAAGUGCACAGAAUUAGAAGCGAAGCUUAACCAAGCUGAAGAUAGAUGUAAUCUUGCAAAUACAGAAAUAGCAGUUUUGAAAAAGAAGCUAAAUACGACUGAGCAGUUGCUGCAAGAUUCUGAUGUUCGUCUAGAGGUUGCAGUUACCUCUUCUAAGAAGCAACUUCAUGACUUAGAAGCCAUGCUCAGUGACCAAAAUGCCAAGGUUUUGGCUGCUGAGAAAAAGGCUAAAGAUGCUGAAGCUAAAUAUUCAUCACUAUCUGAAAGUAAGCAAGAACUUGAUAAAGAAUUUGAGUGCCUUAGGAGCAGGACACAACUUCUAGAGUCUACUGAGGGAAAGCUUUGUGAUUUGGAAGCCUUGCUGAAUGAGCUACAUAAAAAGGUUUUGGCAGCCGAAAGUAGAGCUAGUGAUGCUGAAGCUAAAUAUGCACUACUAUCUGAAAGUAAGCAUAAACUCGAUAAAGAGUUUGAGUGUCUUAAGGACAAAGCAGGAUUUUUAGAGUCUUCUUUGCAGCAAUUUGAGAAUGACAAUAGUGAAGCAAAGCUGAAGCAAGCAGAAGACAGAUGCUCCCUUGCGCAGUCUGAAGUCAUAACCUUAAAGGUAAAGCUAACGUCACUUGAAAAGAAGCUCAUGGAUGUCGAAGUUCAGUCCCAAGAUUCAAUGGCAUCAGCUGAGGCAAGCAGUAAGGAAAAGGAUAUGCUAAAGAAAAGAGUCAGUCACAUGGAGGGAGUGAUCCGUGAUCUAAAGGCAAAUGCUUUGGUUGCUGAAGGAAGAGCCAAGGAAGCUGAAACGAGGUGUGCAUUACUUGACAAAAACAACUUAGAACUUAAUCAAGAACUAGAACAUCUCAGAGACAGAAUAGAGUGCCUAGAGGCCUCUUUGAACCAAUCUGAGGGUGAGAAGAUUGCUGCUGCAAAGGAGAUAAGUGCCAGGUCACACAUAAUAAAUGACAUGAUCAAUCAAUUGGCCAUUGAGAGGCAGCAUCUUGAAUUACAGAUCUCAACAUUAAUAAAAGAAAAUGCCAUUUUAGCUGCAAAGCUCUGGGCCAAUGACAGCAUUAUGAGUGACUCUGUAUGUGAAAAGAAGCUACCAAAGGAAGGAGAUGUCAUAGACAUUGAUUCCACAAGUGCAACAGCUACAGUGAAGACAUAUCUGGAAUCAGAACCAAGGUCGUCGUAUGAGCAAGUGAAGGAGGUAGAUGUGUCAGUAGCGGAUACCUCUGGUCCACCGUUUGAGUCUGUCAACACAGCUACAGGCGAUGAGGUUGAUUCAUCUACCACUGCGGCAGUGAGAACAAUUGAAGUAGGACAGCUUGCUGUCGAAAUCCUACUAAACCUCCCUUUGCCUAGGUAUGUGAAGAGAAUUGUCCUGUGCCUAUUUCUGGGUUAGGCUGCAGAGCCGCCUAUAAAGGAAGUCUCAUCAAUAACAACUGUCAGGAUGUCAAGUCCUGGGCUACCUUUAUGAUGAUAAAAGCCAAGCAAGUGUAGCGUGCCUGCAUGAAUCUGUCUUCAUGCAUGUUUGUGUAGUUUAUAUUGCAGAAACACUCCAUAGUGAGGUGUGUGCAAUAGGCUUGAAGUUCCAACCAAGCAAGAUGCUGAACUCAAAUUAGUUCCCUGUCAGAUGGACCAUAUAAAACUACAAUUUAUUUCAUUAGAGAAAACAUGUGAGAAGUACGAAUAUCCGCAUCACAUGCCAUAGUCAGAAGCAACAACAAACACAUAUCAAGCGCACGCGAGAAGUGAUGUGGAGGAAAAACAAGCAUUGAUCUCCUUCCCUGCAGAUACUGAUGAUCAAGGGCAUAU